AUGGCCACGCAAGCGAACGGAAUCAUAACAUUGCAUUAAAAGUCUUUUUGCUUAUCUCCAUAUCGUUGAAUUUCAGCUCUUUAACAUCACUUUUUCGAUGACGGCUAUUACAAACUACCUUUGACAAGCGGAAGCUAGGGAAAAACUAAAAUAUCUGCCGUGAAGUGCUAUGAAAUCAUGUUGCUGGUCGCUGUGAAAGCUAACAACCAGCAGCAACUAGCUAGCAAAUGGCUGUUCGGCUGUGAUGUCUGUCACCGUGCAAAAUGACAAGAAGACGAGCAAAACAGUGGAGCGGUUAGCUAACAGCAUGUGAAGAUGCCUCGUCUGGAAGAGCUGGCCAACGUUGCCCUCAGGGUGCCAAGCAUACUGGUGCUGGACCUGCUGUACAAAUGUGACAUUGAAGGUUUAACGGAUCACCUCAAGGCCAAAAAUGAAGACAUGCUCUUCAAAUACAAAUAUGUCAUCUGGAACAUGUACUACCUUGGUCAUCUGAUAAAUGUGGUGGUGUUGGUUCUGCCACUGAGGCACAUCGUGACGCUCUACCUCCAUAUCCUCGCUGCCCUUCUCCUGUACAUGGGGCAUCAGAUUUCUAAGGACUAUGUUCGUGAGGAGCUGCAGUAUGGUUAUGAAGGAGCGGUGUACCUGGACUCUCUGGCCUUCAAUAGAUUUGUCUCUGCGAUGACCAGUCAGAUUAUUCUCAGCACACUGUGUGCCUUCCUGAUGAGAACCAGAAAGGUGUGGCUGUUCUCUGCUCACAUGCUCCCCCUGCUGGCCAGACUCUGCGCCGUUCCUCAUGCCACUCUGUUAACCGUCAACACUUUGUCCAUGGGACUGACCGGAGCAGGAAUCACCAUGUUCCUCCUCUCGCACCUCUUUCUGCCAUAUCGCCUCGCAAGGGCUGCCUAUUCAGAGCUGCUGCAGCUGGAGGUGAUCGAGCUGUACAGACUUCUGGCUGUGGGAAUCUCUCUGUGGAACCAGUUUGCCGUCCCAGUCCUCUUCACUGUCUUCUGGUUUGUUCUGUUCGUCGUACAGCUGUGCUCAGACACCAUGUCUGGCAACGCCUCGGCAGGCCAUCAGGGAAUCAUGUUCUUCCUGCUCGCAAGUGUCUCUGAAUGUUGUGCCACGCCGUACUCUCUUCUGGGUCUGACGUUCGUGGUGUCCUAUCUCGCUCUUGGGCUGCUCAACCUAUGCAAGUUCUACCUGGGAGGUUAUGCAGCCGUUCAGAAUGAGAACGUCAUGCACAGAGGUGUGACCGAGGGCGUCACUCUGCUGCUGCUCGCUCUUCAGACGGGCCUGUUAGAUAUGCAGGCACUGCAGCGCACCUUCCUCCUCAGCAUCAUCCUCUUCAUCGUGGUGACUUCGACCCUGCAGUCAAUGAUAGAAAUAACAGAUCCAGUUAUUCUGGCACUCGGUGCGUCUCGCAACAGGAGUGUGUGGAAACACUUCCGUGGCCUCAGCAUGUGUCUGCUUCUGCUGGUUUUCCCAGUGUUUAUGGCUUAUAAAAUCUCCCAGUUCUUCCACAUGGACUUCUGGCUCCUUAUACUGGUGUCGAGCUGCAUGUUGACUUCCCUUCAGGUUACGGGCACUAUGCUGAUCUACUCCCUCUUCAUGGUGGAGCUGUUUCGCAGUGACCCGAUCGAGAGCCUGGACGAAGUGAUCUACUGGGUGAAUGCCGUCAGCAGGGUGCUGGAGUUUGUGGUGGCGCUCUGCGUGGUGGCGUACGGCACCUGGGAGUCGCUGUUCGGGGAGUGGAGCUGGAUGGGCGCCUCUGUCAUUAUCAUCCACUCGUACUUCAACGUUUGGCUCCGAGCUCAGUCUGGCUGGAGGAGCUUCCUGCUCAGGCAGGAAGCAGCUAAGAAGAUCAACUCCCUCCCCAGAGCCACGGCCCAACAGCUGCAGCAGCACAACGACGUCUGUUCCAUCUGCUUCCAGGAAAUGAGCUCUGCUGUGAUCACAUACUGUGGACAUUUCUUCCAUGGCAACUGUCUUCGCAAGUGGCUGUAUGUGCAGGAGACCUGCCCCAUGUGCCACCAAACCAUCCGACCCACCCCGCCAGGUCAGAGCCAGGCUUCAGGCGACACUCCGGCAGCUCCAACUCAGAGAGAUCCAGCCGCACGAGAGGGAGAUCAGAACCAGGACAACGGUACACCGGAAGAGACACAGAGCGAAGCUGCAACUCCUGAUCCCACCGAGCAGCAGGAGGAGACAGAAAGCUUUGGGGAUGGAGACUGUAGGACGGAAGAUAAAGACCAACCAGCUGAACCUCAGGGGGACGCUGCCCAAGGUCUUCGUUUCAGCUCCAGUGGAGACUUUGUUGGAUUUGUCAGCCCAGUGUCAAGCUGCUCUUCAGGGGGCAUUUCUAAUUCCCAUGUGCUGCUGAGUAAAACUCCUCCUAACAUGAACAACCAAGGUGAGGGAAGUGGGAGGGUCUCACCACUGCCAUUGACUCCUAAUGCUGUGAAUGAGAACACGGUGGAGGGCCAAUCUGACUCUAAUGGAGCAGAAUUUGAAGUUACUUUAUGUCCCAGAGUGCCACAAAGCAGCGAUGGUGAUCAUGACAGCUGUGAAGGGACACCUAAAUCAUGGAACAGCCUUGAGUCACCUGAAUCAAACAAUGCUGACAGCAGUCCUGAGGCAUCUGGUAUAAACCUUGUUGAUAGCCAAACAUUUGUCAGAUCAAGUCAUGAAAACUCAGAACUCUUAGACUGCAUUGACGUUCCUCAAACUCGUAAAGACAACGGCACCUAUUCAGAUUUGGACCUGGACAGGCUCAGAGAGGCUGAAACUGCCACUGAUGCCACCCUCUCUUGCACAAGCACAGACAAACAGUGACUGACUGCCCUGCAUCAGUGCCUUGAUGAGGUGUAAAGUGUGAUCCUCCAUACUGGGGAAUUAAGCACAUUUGCCCUCUCUGUGAACCAAUAGAAAAAAAAAAUGUAUCUUUAACCAGACAGUGUACUGAAUGUGCUUCAGUUGAGCAAAUAAAAUGGAUUGGAUAUAGAGACUAAAUUGUGUUGGGUUGUAGUGACACUUACUGUACAACUGUAAAGACAUUAUAAAAAAAUGUGGAAUUCAUAGAAAUUAUGUGUAACUAUAAAACGUCAAUAAAUCUUGAGUCAAUAUUUACCAAAUUCUAGCAGGUUACAAGUAAAGAUGUUUACUUAAAGACAUUUGAUUUACUCUCAUUUCAUUCUUUCCAGCGUCCUGGUAGCACUCUUGUUUAGCAUUUUUGUGAAAGCAACGUGGCAAAAGGAAAAGCUUCAGCAGUUGUCUUUGUUAUUCAUGAAUCAGCCUUUUGUACUGCAAAUGUUGUCUGUCUCCCAGUAUUAAAUUACUGCUGUGAACAUGUACUUUUUUUUUUUUUUUUUUACUGUAGUUUCUUUAUUAAUUAAUAAACCCCUGGCAGGUGCACAGUGAGGCUGGCAUUGUGUGCCAGAUUUAAGUAGUCUGAACAGACCAUUACUUCUGUCGC